AUGGACGAAGAGGCAGAAACUCCUCAAUCAAUUGCUACACCAGAACUAACACAGAGAUCCCAAGCUAAUCCCACAUCAUCAGCGACAGCGAACGAGAAUACUGAUACGAAUACGAUAAUCAACAACCCCAACGUUGGAACGGUUGUCACUCGCAUUGAGGACAUUCUUGCUCGAAUCAUCGGCGCUUUAGCUGCGGGACAGGUGCUAUCAAUUCCAUUUUCUCCACGAAGGUCAACACGUCGUGCCGCAAAUCCACAGUCCGAACAGGUUCGCUUCCCUGGUCGUAAUCAGCAGGAAGCAGUCAAGUUUGCGCGCAUUCUUCUCAUUCUUCAAUUAUCACAUGAUGCCCUUGUCUCUGGCACUCUCCUAACCAAGCGCCACAUAUUUUACCAACACCAGCACCUCUUUGAGAAGCAAGGCCAAGUGGAUGACCUCGUUGAUGGCAUUGCUUUCAAUCUUGGUAUCGGUCGCGGGGACUUGAACAUUGUCGCAGCGUCAAAGGGUGCCUUGGCUGGACCUUUGCUAAUCCGCUUCCGCGAUGGGAGUACACUGAACCCUUGUUCGGGAGAGCUGGGAGUUGCUAUCCCGACUGUGCAGUCAGUCUCAAGCAUCGAUGUUCAAAACGUCAAAUGGAUUCUUGUUGUUGAGAAAGAUGCCGUUUUCCGAUCUCUCUGCUCGUCCCAAUUUUGGAGAACCUGCAUCUUCGGUCCUGGCGUGCUUGUCACAUACCCCCAACUGCCGCUCCUGGGUCUGUUUGACUACGAUCCCGAUGGCGUCAAGAUCUUGCGAUGCUACCGACACGGAUCCGAAAGACUGAGCCACGAAGCUGAUCUCGGUGUAGAGGGAUUGCGGUGGCUAGGUAUCAGAUCAGUGCAUCUCUUCCGAGGUCAUGCUAGCGCCUACUACGGGCAGCCAAGCCAUGUGUCUAUGACAUCAAUUCAGUGCCGCGAUCCUGUCACCUAUCUGAAUGGCAGAGAGCGGGCUGCAGCUGUUUCAGCACUCAAGAAGACCAGCCUGCACUCACCAAAUGAGCUCGAAGGCUCAGAACUACGACUCGAGUUGCAAUUGAUGAUGAUGCUUGGUGUCAAAGCAGAAAUUGAGUGGCUCGAUGAAUCUGGGGACUUGUGUUCAUGGCUUGACGGUGAAAUUGGAGAAGCACUGAUUAGCGAAACAAUCUGA